AGUCAAGAGACGUACGUCGAACAUGAAGUCUCAUUCCACCACUGCAAAACUUAAGAAAAUUAUUUAGAAAUUGUUACAUAAUUGAUCAUUCAUUGAUCAAUAAUCUAGUCGAUCACCGAGGAACCACCACCAUACCGAAUCGCUCAUCAACACUAUAUAUAUAAAUAAUAAUGGAUCAAUCAAAAUUUUCCAAAGCGAACACUCCUCUUGUGAUUUGCAAUAUAAUGCUCAUAUCCUUCCUUGUCAUCUAUCUUUUAUUAGAGAAAAAUCCAUCCGUCGUAUCCAUAACCGCCAUUACCCAAAAAUUGCAUCCUUCCAAACCCUCAUUAUCAUCCCUGAACGAUACCUCGAUAUAUAAAGAUGAGUUAGAUGUGGAAUUGGAAAGAGCAUCAAUGCCAAACAAAACGGUGAUAAUAGCCGUAGUGAACAAAGCUUACACCGAGGGUGAUAAGUCGAUGCUCGAUAUCUUCUUAGACGGGUUUUGGUUAGGCGAAGAUACAAGGCAGCUGACAAACCAUCUCUUGAUCGUGGCAGUCGAUCAAACAGCCUAUGAAAGGUGCAUGUUUCUUAAGCUACAUUGUUAUAAACUGAAAACGGACGGUGUAGAUUUCGUGGGCGAAAAAAUUUACAUGUCGCAAGAUUUUAUUAACAUGAUGUGGCAAAGAACCCGGUUUCUUAGGGAUGUUCUACGGCGUGGAUACAACUUUGUCUUCACGGACACGGAUGUAUUAUGGCUAAGGAAUCCAUUUCCAAGGCUAACACUAAUAAACCAAAUGAUCGACCUUCAUAUCAGCGUCGACCACUUUAAUGGCGACCAAUGGUCAGAAAGAAAUUCUAUAAACACCGGUUACUACAUGAUCAGAUCUAACAACAGGACGAUUGCUUUGUUCGAGGAAUGGUAUGAUAAAAGAAAUAGCUCAGCUGGCAAAAAGGAACAAGAUGUUCUCAAUGAACUAAUGUGGAGAGGAACUUUUAGAAGGCUGGGACUUAAAGUAAGGUUUUUGGACACCGUUUAUUUCAGUGGAUUUUGUCAAGACAGUAGAGAUGCUAGUCUUGUUUCUACCGUUCAUGCCAAUUGUUGCCGGAGUAUUAGAGCAAAAGUCGGUGACCUGACCGCGGUGAUUCAUGACUGGAAUAGAUUUAAUGAUCCAUUACGCAAUAAAACGAUUGGAUUUAGAUGGUCGGAUCAUUUAGGUUGUAAAAGAUCAUGGAGGUCAUGAUUUGUUUUUCCAUUAGUUUCUCGUUACAUAUGUAUUAGCAUGUGAUUUGAAUAUUUGAUAAAUUGAGGUUAUGAUAAUUAAAGGA